AUGACUGUUGGCGACAAGCCUUGGUGGAAGUCAGCCGUGGUAUACCAGAUAUACCCGGCCAGCUUCAAGGACUCCAAUAGUGAUGGCGUCGGUGACCUCCAGGGCAUCAUCUCCAAGCUGGAUUACAUUGCGUCCCUGGGCGUCAACGUCAUAUGGAUCUGCCCCAUGUACGACAGUCCUCAAGUCGACAUGGGCUACGAUAUCUCUAACUACGAGGACGUCUACGGCCCCUACGGCACCCUUGCCGACAUGGAACAGCUGAUUCGCGAGUGCCACGACCGCGGCCUGCGCAUCAUGCUAGACCUCGUCAUCAACCACUCCUCGAGCGAGCACAUGUGGUUCAAGGAGUCCCGCUCCAGCAAGUCCAACCCCAAGCGCGACUGGUACAUCUGGCGUCCUGCCAAGUACGACGACCAGGGGCGGAGGCAGCCGCCCAACAACUGGCGGUCCAAUUUUGGCGGCGGCAGCGUGUGGGAAUGGGACCCAGCCACGGAAGAGUAUUACCUGCACCUGUUCGCCAUCGAACAGCCUGAUUUGAAUUGGGAGAACCCCGAGACGCGUCGCGCCAUCUACGAGAGCUCGAUGGAGUUCUGGCUCAAGCGUGGUGUCGACGGUUUCCGCAUCGACACCGUCAACAUGUACAGCAAGCCGCCAGACCUUGCGGACGCGCCUGUACUGGACCCCAGCGUCCUCUAUCAAGCAGCGUCCACCCUGUACUGCAACGGCCCUCGCAUGCAUGAGUUCCUGGACGAGAUGAGCGAGAUCCUGCGCCGUUACGGUGCCAUCACGGUCGGCGAGCUUCCUUGUACACCCGAGACGGAGCGUGUGCUUCGGUACGUCAGUGCCAGGGAAGGGCAGCUCAACAUGGUCUUCCAGUUCGAUAUCGUGGACGUCGGCAUGGGCCCCAUCCACAAGUACGACGUCGUCCCCCGUAGCUGGCAACUGCCGGACCUCAAGCGCGCCGUGGACCGCACCCAGGCCCUCAUCCGGGACACAGACGGCUGGAGCACCGUCUUUAUGGAAAACCACGACCAGGCCCGCAGCAUCAGCCGCUUCGGCAACGACGCGCCCGAGCACCGCGUCGCCUCCGGAAAGCUGCUGGCUAUGCUGCAGUCGACGCUCUCAGGCACCAUGUAUGUGUACCAGGGACAGGAGAUCGGCCAGGUCAACCCCUCCCUCGAGUCCUAUCCUAUCACUCAGUACAAAGACAUCGACAGCCUGCUGUUCCUUGAGCACCUACCCAAGACGGAUGGUGGGGCUGUCCAGCCAGAGAGGUUCAACAAAGCCGUCGCGGCGCUGCAGCACCUGGCUCGCGACCACGCACGCAUUCCGAUGGUGUGGGAUGGAACCAAGCCCCAUGGUGGCUUCUCAGACGGCAAAGAGACCUGGAUGGCGGCUCACCCGCUGGCCAAGGAGAUCAAUGUCACCGACCAGCUCGGAAGCAAGAGCUCCGUAUUGGCCUACUGGAGGUCGAUGCUUGCAUUCCGCCGCGAAUACGCUGACCUGUUCGUCCACGGCCGCUUCGAUUUGCUCGACGUCGAGGACACUGAGCUGUUCACAUACGUGAAGACGAGCGCGCGCAGAGAGAGAGCCCUAGUCGUGCUUAAUUUCACGGCAUCCUACAAGCCAUGGAAAGUCCCUGCUGGAAACAUUCUGGGCUUAGAUGGUGAGGGUGAGCCGAUUCUGUCUAUGAUUGCGUCCACGGCUGAGGCCAAGAAUCGAUUCGACGACUUUGCGCCGUAUGAGGGCAGGGUAUAUCUCAUGAAGACAUGA